AUGGCUACUAUUUAUAUAGAAAUGCUUCUGGAUGUUUAUUCUCUCAUGUCAAUCAUCAUCCAUAAAUUUAUAUUAAAUGGUGUGAAAUUACCUAAAGGCAUUACCUAUGUGAAUGAUGAAUUUGGAGAAGAGAGAGUUGCAGCAAGAUUAAGCAAUAUUAGAUAUGCUAUAAGAGAAAAUGAUACUUACACAAUCAAUUUAUUGAGAAUGGAUAGAAAAACAUUUUGGAAAUUAUGUGAGAUGGUUAGAGAUGUAGGUAAGUUACAUGGAACAAGAAAUUUAGAGCUUGAAGAAAUGGUAGCUAUUUUUUUAUAUACUAUCAGUCAUCAUGAGAAAAAUAGACAGCUACAGUCGUUCUUUCGCAGAUCUGGAGAGGCUGUUAGUAGACAAUUUAAUAUAGUUCUAGGUUACAUUCUUCGACUUCAAGAUAUUUUAUUCAAAAAGCCAGAACCUAUUCUCGAAAACAGUACAGACGAUAGAUGGAAGUGCUUCAAGAAUUGUUUAGGUGCUUUAGAUGGAACAUAUAUUAAAGUACGAGUACCAAAAGGAGAGAAGUCUAUAUACCGUACAAGAAAAAAUGAGAUAGCUAUGAAUGUUUUAGGAGUAUGUUCGCAAGAUAUGCAAUUCAUAUAUGUUCUACCAGGAUGGGAAGGGUCGGCACAUGAUGGUAGAAUUUUAAGAAAUGAAAUAACUAGAAGAAAUGGUCUUAGAGUACCUCAAGGGUACUACUAUUUGUGUGACGCUGGCUAUACAAACUGUGAGGAUUUUCUUACUCCAUAUAGAGCUUGUUGCAUUCUUCAUAAUCUAAUUAGACAAGAGAUGAGUGUUGAUCCAAUGGAUGCUUUAUAUGUAGAGGAAGAUCAUUCACCUGGAAUUGCUAAUCCACAUGCUAAUAUCAACUAUCUCUUAUCAUCAGAAGAGUGGAAUCAAUUUAGAGAAACUUUAGCUGUGCAAAUGUUCAACAAUUGGAGAAAUAAUAGGAAUAGUAAUUAG